AUGCAGGCUGUUUUUAUGAUGUACACUAUUUCAGCUAAAGAUCCUUGGCAGAGUAUUACUCUCAUGAUAUUGAGACUGUUUCUGAUUUACUUGAAAACGUUCUUCUGCUUAUCUGGCCUUUUUCCUACUAGGGAAUUAAUCAUUGCUGCAGUUGACAAUCUAUCAGCACAGCUCCAUUACCCAUCUAGGUUCAAGCUUACAUUAAUCACAUCUGAACCUUGUAAAAAUGCUACCCUGAUGACUUCAUCUCCAUCUUUUCUUAAACUGGUUUGUGCAGUACCUGGAGGAAUUCUUGGGCCCAAUGCUCUUUUUCUGGAUGGUGUCAGUCUAGCUGCUCUUUUUGAGACAAGUGAGCUGUUCAUUCUAAACGCUGAACCGAAAUAUUUCAUCCACUGGCUACUCCCAGCUCUUCUGCUGCAUGAAGAUCAUACUAACCUUGAUUGGGUAGCUAAGAUGGCUGGCCAACCAGUGGCUGUGCUGGUCAAAGAUUUUUUUUGUGCCAAUCUUUUCGAACCUCCAGUUCCUGCUUUUUCUCGUAACACCAUUUCACGUGCAGCUCAAACAAUUGUGGAUGGUUUUCUGGAAACCGCUGAUUAUCCUAAGAAUGAGGCCGUCAUUGACAUGAUCAACGUUUUUUCCCAGAUAGGGUGUUCAUGGCAAUUCAUCACAGAAAUACACUAUAGAAUGUCAGCCGCAUGCCAUCAUAGGCUUGCCCGCCAUCAUUUGGCCGCGCUUGAAGAGCUUACGACUAUACUUGGUCAUCGAGCAUCAGUUCCAAGCCCCUUUAACUAUAUAUUCAAUUUUGUUCGGCAAUUUAUCGGCUCUCCCUCAUUACAAGACCAGUGUUGUAGUAUAGCUUCAUGUUUGCUGGAUUUGUUCAAAAGCAAUCCUGCCAAAGAAGUUGUUAGUGUACUAGGUGACCAAUUCCAGUUUUUGGUCUCAAAGCUAGUUACGUGCUGCAUCAACGCUGAAGCAGAUUCUAAAGUUUCUGGUUCCAAGUCAUCUCAACUCGUCAAUUUGCUACACAAGCUAAUUGUUGAUUCAGAAUGUUCUCUUGAUGAAGAUAUCAGAGAUUUGGAACAAGCCCUAAUAUGGAAAAUUUUCAAGUCAUUUGUGAAUCACACACACAUCAGGAUAUGCAAAGCCUAUCCACCGAAGAAUCAUCUGUUAAAGUGUGCUAGAAGAUCUUGUUAUCUUCCACCAAGAUUCCUUUCCUGGAGUCUCCAAGCAGUGCACAUCAAGCUCAUAGCUUCUCAAGAUGGGUCAAAUGCAGAAACUGCAGAUACGUUUUGGCACUCUGAUGAUGAAACUGAAAAUGCUGUUUGGACUCUUGUCCGUGUGUCUGCCUCAGAAGUAGCAGAUAGUAUGAGAUUGAUGGUGUCGGAUUUUCUUCCCAGGGGAAUUCUUUCAAUCGAAAGGGGCCAGCAAGCACUAUCAUCUUUAGAUUCACGUGAGAGAUCUUUGAUUGAGGUACAUGGCAGGGGCUUGAACCUUGACAUUGUUGAAAGGAUCUUACUGGAUAGCCAAAAGCAGUUCAAAGGUAGUUUAAUUAUUCCAUGA